AUGGCAUCAAGAAAGGAUCAAGUUGUUCCUGCAACCAACGCAAAAAACAACAUACUUGCCGUAAGUGGUGGCACUUUGGGCGUCACAACCCAAAGCAAGGCAAGAGUUAUCUCUGUUAUUCCUUCCAUUUUGCCGAAUGAGCAAGAACACCCGAGCCAUGAGCCCGUGAUCACCCUGACCUCACUAAGAGCGCCAAAGGAAGAAAGCCCGAAGAGGUACUUCGAGUCGUUAACUUUCGAUGCCGACUCAAGCAACAUCUUAUGUCUUGUAACCAUGCAAGUCAUGACUACUGGUGUGACUUUAAUCAAAGAGCAGUUGGCUCAAAUGAGUGAAGUAAUUGCAAGGCUGACAAGGACCGUGGAAGAAAAAGACCUGCAAAUUGCUACACUCGUCAACCGUCUAAAGGCGCAUCACGACGAGAAAGCUAACCCAAAGGUUGAUCCACCAAAGAAAGAAAUCGACGAAGAAAAUGAGCCUUUGGUUGAGAAAGUCAAAAAGAAGCUGAAGAAGAUUGAGAAAGCGAAGGUUGGAGGACUGGAUGAUCAAGCAUUAACUCAUUCUAAAAGAAAAGGCAAACCACAAAAAUCUCAAGGUAAUCCUGCUGGGACUGCCAACCAACAAAAUGAGGAUAAUGGAAGACAGGUUGAAACUGGUGUCACAUGUAACCCUGCGGGGACUCCCAACCAACAAAACGAGGUUAACGGAAGACAAGUUGAAACCGUUGUCACAGGUGAGGUGGAUGCGGAGCAAAAUAACAUGAGACAGGCGGAAACUGUUGAUUCUCCAGUAGAUUGCUCGACAAGAGAACUUAAGGUGGCUGCUUUUCCUUUGACUCUAGUUAUUUUGAUUUACGUCAAACUUGUUGUAGGUAACCCUGCCGAGACUGCCAACCCACAAAAUGAGGUUACAGGAACACAAGUUGAAAUUGGUGUCACUGUUAACAUUGAGCAACAAGACAAUCCAGAUUUGCCAUUUGUGAAAUCUUAUCCGGAAAUUUGGGAGAAAGUUGAAUCUAUGGAUGCAUUUAAAAGAUAUCCGCAAAAACCACAUUUUUACCCUUUAGUUAAGUGUGGAGAGCUAAGUCGUGAAUCAUUAGCAGUUGCAAAGAUGUUAACCUUUGCCUCUUUGGUAGAGAAGACCUCCAAGUUGAACAUUGAGGAUCCUGGCGACUUCUUUGAUAGCAUCUUUGAAGAACUAGGUGAUUUGGAAACGUUUGGAUUUGAUGUCAAGGCAGUACGAGAUCGACUGAACUCUUUGCUAGACAUUAAAGUUCAGUUGGCGCACGUUCAGGAUAAGUCAAAGGAAGUUCAAAUCAAGAUCGCGGAGCAAACUCAAGACAGAAAGAAACAUAAUGAAAUAAUAUGUGGGGUUGCUAAGCAGAUUAAGGACUUGCAGGAUCAACUCGUGGUGCUGAUGUCAGAGGACGCAGCCAAAGGUUCUGAAAUUAGCAGGUUGCAAUCCGAAGCAGACGCUAUCACUGAAAGCAUUCAGAGCAUCCGCCGUAUGACACACUGGCUAAAGCAUGGUGAUCCUUGUGAAAGCAUUCUUUUGAUUACCGCUUUGUCUACGGAAACUGAAUUGAAAGUGAUACCAAGCUAA